GUGCGCGUGCGCGGCGGGCGGGCGGGCGCGCGGCAUGGCGGACGCGGUGCUGUUCCGGCGCGGCGCGGGCCAGAGCGACGACUCGGACAUCUGGGACGACACGGCCCUCAUCAAGGCGUACGACAAGGCGGUGGCCUCCUUCAAGAAUGCCUUAAAGAAUGGGGAGACCUCGGAACCUUCAGACAAGCAGGAGGAGAGCGUGGUGAUAAAGAGAAAAAUUAAUAGAAUGAUCGGAAAUAGAAACAAGUGCAAUACCAAGUGCAAUACAGCGCCUUUGAAACAGUGGAAGGUUGGUGACAGCUGCAGUGCUGUUUGGUCUGAGGAUGGUCAUUUGUAUCUAGCAACUAUUGCCUCCAUCAACCAGAAGAGAGGCACAUGUGUUGUCACUUACACAGGAUAUGGAAAUCAGGAGAAGCAGAAUUUGUCUGAUCUACUUCCUCCAUCCAGUGAUGAAAUAGUAAAUGGGAUGGGGCAUUCUGGGGAGAAUGAAAAUGAGACUCCAUAUUCAACAGAUGAAAGUGAAAAAUCUUCUCAGUCACCUCGAAACAAAAACAACUGCACAAAAGCAAGAUUUUCCCCUCAAAAAUUGAGAUUUUCCACACCACCACCACCAGCCCCAGGCUUAAGAAGGUCUGGAUCAAAAUUCAAGGCACCUCCAUCAUUUUUAUCUUGCUGGCCCCCUCCCUUCCCAGCAGGACCACCAUUAAUUCCUCCUCCACCACCCAUGAGGCCAGACUCUGCUGAGGACGAUGAAGCAUUGGGGAGCAUGUUGAUAGCCUGGUACAUGAGUGGUUACCACACUGGAUAUUACCUGGGUUUAAAACAAAGCCGAAUGGAAGCAGCGUUGGAGAGACAAACACAUGCAAAGUAACCACAUAUCUACCAUUGUUCUGAAGGGUUGUAAGUAUUGCAGCUUUGUGGUAAAUGAAGAUACAGUCAAGUUUUGAACUCCUUUCAGAAACCUCUUGGCUUUGGGACUUCCACCCACUCUUAUAGCUCUCUGAAAAGGCGACUUCUGCCAGUAGUAAUCCCUUCUUUGCAGCUGUGGAAUUGUAUUUUUGUAGCUAGAAUGAAGGAAAGUAUUCAUUGCUCUGAUGAGAGUUUUAUGUACAGCAUCUGUCUACAUAACAAUUAACAGUGAGGUUUACUUGAAUUAUUAAUGGUUCAUAGUGGGCUAUUCUGGGAACAAAAACUUGUAAGUGAAAUGCAUUUGUUUAAUCUGCAUUUUCUUACAACAGCUAAACGUUGUUUUCAGGAGAAAUUCAGUUUGUUAAUGUUGAGCAGUUCUGUUCUCAGUACUUCAGUACCUGUGCUUUUAUUUGAAAAACUUCGUCCAGAAUUCUCCAGUGUAUUGUUCACUUCCUUAUAAAAGAAAAUUAUAGUCUCCUAGGAAAUUGCUUUCUGAUUUUCUGUGACAACAUGUAAUUUCUGGGUAAUUGAGUAAUUCUUUGUGUGUUUAAAAUGAAAAAGCUUUUUUGUAAUAAUUUUUGCUUCCUUUUUAAAGCCAGGUACAAAUCUUUUCCACUGAGAGGUGUUUAUCACUUAUGUAUUGGUGGUUGAUGGUGAAGAAAUUAAUUUUAUCAAGACAAUUAGUCAAAACAUUUUCUUAACACUGAGUUGUCUCUGUUAACAAAUAAAUAACAUCAGACUAGUAAUUAAAUGUGCAUUAAAAUGAGCCAUUUCUUAAGGACCUCUAAUCAAAUGUGUUUCAAAAGCACUGCAUCAACAGAAUACUUUCACUUCGCUGAAGCAAUUUCAAGUUUUCUCAACACAUUAUAGAUUUAACUCUUUUGACCCCAUGUGAUAGAUUUCAUAUAGCUCAACAUGUUUUGCAUUCCUCAGACUUUCUGUCUGAAUGGCAGCAUCAGAGCAAUUGAUUAUGGAAUCCUCUUAGGAGAGACCUAUGGCAGCAAUGUGUUUUACAGUCGCCACUGGUGGCACUAACAUGGGAAACAGUCGUAGGAGGGACAUCUUACAGGUCUGAUUAGAAUCAUGAAAUAUGACAGCUUUUUUCAGGAAGGCUAUUGUCUUGUUUCAAAUGUGUUAAUAAAGUUCUACUUCUUAAA